AAUUCAUAAUAGAAACGAAAAAUGGAAUCACGAAUAAUGUUGACUUAAAUUAAGAAAUAAGUAAUGCAAUUCAGAUUCAAAUCAUAAUACAACUAUUUUAUCGCGUGUAUGAUGAAACAAAGUCUGGCAACAUCAUUGUGCUUCGCAAAGCCAUUACGAAACCGAUAAACAAUUAAACUCAAACACCCUAAAUGUACUAUUGAAAUAGAUCAUUUAUUUAAUACAUUUUAAUUUGUUAAUUAUUUAUGACAAUAUCAAACAUAAAAUACUAACGAAUAUUACUAUUAUUAGAUAAGUGUCUCCAAUCCUAGUAUAUUACUCCUAUACUAAGAAAGACUUUUCUCAGUCCGCUGAGCAAGAUGAAUAGAUAUUUUAUCCUCAUAAGUAAAAUGUACAUUUCUUCAACGACAUAGAAAUACGACUUGAAUUGUGAUACUAGGCAAUUAAUUUAACAAAUCUAACAUUACUUAUGAUGAGUAUCAUUUAAACAUAGUUGGAUGAACGGUUUUAAGAAAUAUGCUUUUUGCCUUCUGCGCUUUGCUUUGCUGUUUAAAAUGUUUGAAAGAUGUUUACAACACUACAAAUGUAUAUAUCUACAAAUGUCUACACAUGCAGACAAUUUGUCGUUAGCCAAGCAUAGUUAAACGUGUAUUUGUAAGACUGUGAACUAUACUUAAAUCCUAAGUAGGAAACACGUUAUUACGUAGAUGAUGUGUUGAAUGUUGCAUCUUUUUCUUGCGAUUAUUUUGCAAUUAUUCGAGUGUUAAUAUCCAACUGACUUUCAAAUGGUAUACCCAAAUGAAUAAUAUUACCUUACAUAUAUUAUCAUUUUGAAAACAGUAACGAAACGGAAAAAUUAUUAUUUAGAUUAAUGCAAACUCAAAUUUAUAAUAUGUUUUGUUGUUAUUGUUUCAGUUCCUUCCCAUUUGGACGCUUUACAGCUAGGUCAGGUUGUGAGAAACAGAUUUCCAGAAACAUGGAUUUGGGAAAAAUACAUUAUUGGAGCCACCGGAGAAUUGCAUGUAACAAAGCAGUUACCAGAUUCCAUCACUUCAUGGAAUACAUCCGUUUUUGCAACAAACGAUGUAACUGGAUUCGGUAUAGCAGAUGACAUUUCGCAAGUGACAGUAAACAAGUCGUUUUUUAUAACCAUGGAUCUUCCCGACUCGAUUGUUCAAGGAGAAGAAUGUCUUCUCCAAAUAACGGUUUUCAAUUACCUACCGACACGUCAAGAAGUUCAAAUAUCAGUUCAACACUCAGAUGACUUAAGCCAAACAAUCCCAAGUUCAGCAGCCGUGCAACCAGGAGAAGGCCAUUCUACAUUUGUUCAGUUGACUCCAAGUAUUAUCGGCGAUGUCACAAUAACUGUGAUGGCAAAAGCUGGAGACUUUUUCAGAACUGUCGCGUUUGACAUACUUCAAAAAACAUUACGCGUGCAGCCUAAUGGUGUACACAAGACCAUAAAUCAACAGCAUUUGAUUCAUGUGCAUCCAACAACUCCUUACUAUAACAAGACAGUCCCGCUGUCUAACCCUCAAAAUAUGGUACCUGGAACGGGAAGAACUAUUAACUUGAAAAUAACAGGCGAUUUCAUGGUUCCGAGUAUUGAUGGUUUGCAAAACCUCAUAGAUCGACCAUCCGGUUGUGGCGAACAAAACAUGUUGAAUUUUGCACCUGAUGUAUACAUCUCGAAGUAUUUGAAAACUGUUAACAAACUCACAUCUGCCAUCAAAACUGUAGUUAAUGGACAUCUUGAAUUUGGUUAUCAAAAUGAGCUUAGAAAUAAACACUCGGAUGGUUCCUUCAGUGCAUUUGGAGACAGCGACAGUUCAGGCAGCUCUUGGCUUACAGCUUUUGUUAUGAAGUGCUUUGGUAUGGCAAGAUCAAUGAUAAGGAUUGAUGACACUAUCAUCGGACAAGGCGUGAACUGGCUCUUGGACAAACAGAAUACAGACGGAUCUUUCAACGAACCUGGGCGUGUGAUUCACACAAAUAUGCAGUCUGGUACUGGACAAGGUGCUGCCCUGACAGCGUUCAUAAUGGUAUCUCUUCUCGAAAACCGGGAUUCAUAUCCUGCAGCGCAAUUCAGAAUGAAUACUUCAACAUCUAUGAGUAUGGCUUACUUGGAAACACAGCUGAGCUCAAUUCACGAUGCAUAUACGCUUGCCUUAACGUGUUAUGGGCUGGCAUUAGCAAGAAGUUCGAACAGUUCUCAUUGUAUUUCCAAGUUGCAAACGGUUGCAGUUGUGGAUGGAAAAACAACUCAUUGGACAAGCGGAAGCCGAGUUAAAAGGUCAAGUGUUUUACAAACCAGGGCACCGGCUCAAGAUAUCGAGAGCACGGCAUAUGCUCUAUUGGCCUUUAUUGAAAUGAAUCAAAUGACAGAGGCAUUCGGUGUCGUUAAAUGGCUUGUGUCUCAACGGAAUCCGUCAGGUGGCUUUGAGUCAACCCAAGACACUGUUGUUUCUCUGCAAGCGUUGGCUAAAUUUUCUGAAUUAACUACAAUGGGCCCCCAAAAGACACCAAACUACAACGUCCACAUUGCUGGAAGUGGAGCAGGUUUCAACCAUCAGUAUGACGUCACUCUGGCCAAUUACGACGUAAUGCAUAGUGUACAAAUACCUGAGAGCCUAGACAGUCUGAGCUUCGCCGCGACCGGACACGGAGUUGCUGUCGUUGAUGUUACUAUGUCCUAUUACGUGCAAGGUUCUUCCACAAACAGUAGCUUUAUCCAGGUGACUGCGCCUGUAUAUAACGAAUCCAUCAACAGCGUCACGCUCGAUCCAUGUGUAACAUGGACGGGACGAACAACAAGCGGCAUGAUACUUGUUGAAAUAGAAAUGAUAACAGGAUUUAAGCACAAUGUAGACGUUCUUGGAAGGCAACCACAGAUUAAACGCUAUGAGGCGAAUGGUAGAAAUCUAGCACUGUAUUUUGACGCGCUUGACAAUGGAGCAAGAGUUUGUGUGCGUGUGACAAUGGACCGUGCAGAUCCAGUCGUGAAGAGCCAGGCAUGUCAUGUCGUGGCGUACGACUACUAUGAACCAACUCACCAAGCGGUCACGAUGUACGAGUCAGGUAUUUUGAAGAGGUCCACCGUUUGCGAUAUAUGUCAACGCUGCCCGUUUUGCAGCGGAGUAUCAAUCGUGGGUUAAAAUGCAGAGCUAGCUGUUUGUUUGCGUCAUUUGGAUGACAUGUUAAAUACAUUGUCAAUAAUCAUUAUAAGCAUUCA